CCACUUCCGCUUUUGCUUCCGGAAUCUCAGCGGCCUAGAAGGAGCGCGCGCGGCCUGAGGCGGAGCGGCACACGACACUCUGAGGGAGCUGCAGCUGCCUGGCCCCUGCGGGCACCCGUAGCUUGGAGGGUGGGGCUCGACCCUGUCACUCCUGGGAACUCGCGCUCUCAGGGUCCCUGUCUUCCGUCCACGGUCCCUCCGGGUACCCGUAGUAAGGCAGGGGCGCCCGCGCCUCUGCUUUCUCCUUGGUCCUUGCCCCCCACCAAGGCCCUUCCGGGCACCUGUAGUAAGGGGGCGUGUCAGACCCCCCGCCCGUCCUGGGUCCCUGUCUCACCCAGUCCUUCUCUGGGGGCCUGUAGCGAACGGGGGGUUCCCGCCCCCUCGUCCCCCUCCUGGGUUUCUCCCCCACCAGGCCCUCCCUGGGGAGCUUUCCUGGGGGGGCUCCCUGCCCCCACCCUGUGGCCCUGUCGAGGGGGUAGUGGGCGCAGCCCCAGAGUGGUGGCUGCCCACCCGCCUUGGCAUGUGGCACUCCGAGGGGCUGGAGAGUGUGGCACUGACAGGGCGUCCUUGGGGCUGUGGGUAGUGGUGGAGACUCGGGUCACCCUGCGCUGUUGCUGACCCUGAGGGGGCCAGCUGGGCUCUGGUCGGGGCCUGCCCGCAUGUGCCCCCUGCUGUGGACCGAUUCAGGACGGAGGAGGAGGAGGAGACUACCCUGGCCUUGGCACCAGCUGCAGCUGGCAGGCCUGAAGGUGGCGGUGGCAGCAGGAGAAGAAGUUGGGAGGAGGCGGAGAAGGCCAUGGAAGGCCUGGCUGGCUACGUGUACAAGGCGGCCAGCGAAGGGAGAGUGCUGACCCUGGCUGCCCUGCUGCUCAACCGCUCCGAGAAUGACAUCAGGUACUUGCUGAACUAUGUCAGCCAGCAGGGUGGUCAGCGCUCCACGCCCCUUAUCAUCGCAGCCCGUAACGGUCACACCAAGGUGGUGCGCUUGCUGCUAGAACAUUACCGGGUGCAGACCCAUCAGACUGGCACGGUCCGCUUCGAUGGUUAUGUCAUUGAUGGAGCCACAGCUCUCUGGUGUGCAGCAGGAGCCGGACACUUUGAAGUCGUCAAACUGCUAGUCAGUCAUGGAGCCAAUGUGAACCACACUACUGUGACCAAUUCAACUCCGCUGCGGGCCGCAUGCUUUGAUGGCAGACUGGACAUCGUGAAAUAUCUGGUAGAAAAUAACGCUAACAUCAGUAUUGCCAACAAGUAUGACAACACUUGCCUUAUGAUUGCAGCUUACAAGGGGCACACGGAUGUGGUGAGAUAUCUCCUAGAACAACAUGCUGAUCCCAAUGCCAAGGCCCACUGUGGUGCUACAGCAUUACACUUUGCAGCUGAAGCUGGCCAUUUAGAGAUUGUUAGAGAGCUGGUCAAAUGGAAAUCUGCAAUGAUGGUGAAUGGCCAUGGAAUGACUCCAUUAAAAGUAGCUGCUGAGAGCUGUAAGGCAGAUGUAGUUGAACUUCUUCUUGCUCAUGCGGACUGCGACAGAAAAAGUAGAAUUGAAGCUUUGGAACUUCUGGGUGCAUCAUUUGCAAAUGACAGAGAAAAUUACGAUAUAAUGAAGACUUAUCACUAUUUAUAUUUAGCAAUGCUGGAGAGGUAUAGAGACAGUGAGAAUAUUGUUGAGAAAGAGGUUCUUCCACAAAUCGAAGCUUAUGGAAACAGAACUGAAUGCAGAACUCCUCAGGAAUUAGAAUCUAUUAGGCAGGACAGAGAUGCCCUUCACAUGGAAGGCCUCAUAGUGCGUGAACGAAUUUUGGGCUCGGACAAUAUAGAUGUUUCGCAUCCUAUUAUUUAUCGUGGGGCUGUUUAUGCAGAUAACAUGGAGUUUGAACAGUGUAUCAAACUCUGGCUUCAUGCAUUGCAUUUGAGGCAGAAAGGUAAUAGGAAUACCCAUAAGGAUCUCUUGAGGUUUGCUCAAGUCUUCUCUCAGAUGAUACACUUGAAUGAGCCUGUUAAAGCCAAGGACAUAGAAAGUGUUUUGAGGUGUAGUGUCUUGGAAAUAGAACAAGGAAUGUCCAGGAUUAAAAGCAACCAAGACACUGACAUCCACACAGCCAUGGACAACUACGAAUGCAAUAUUUUUACCUUUUUGUAUUUGGUGUGCAUCUCAACCAAGACUCAGUGCGGUGAAGAAGAGCAGGCUCGACUCAACAAGCAGAUUUAUAACUUGAUUAAUCUUGAUCCCAGAACUCGGGAUGGGUCUAGUUUGCUGCAUCAUGCUGUCAACUCCAGUACACCAGUAGAUGACUUCCACACAAAUGACGUCUGCAGCUUUCCAAAUGCACUUGUCACCAAGCUCCUAUUAGACUGUGGUGCUGAAGUGAAUGCUGUGGACAACGAAGGAAACAGCGCACUUCACAUCAUUGUUCAGUACAACAGACCCAUCAGUGAUUUUUUGACUUUGCAUUCGAUUAUCAUUAGUCUGGUGGAGGCUGGUGCUCAUACGGACAUGACAAAUAAGCAGAAGAAGACUCCUCUUGAUAAAAGUACAACUGGGGUGUCUGAAAUACUCCUUAAAACUCAAAUGAAGCUGAGCCUCAAGUGCCUGGCUGCCCGCGCAGUGCGGAUCUAUAACAUAAGCUACCAAAAGCAGAUCCCCAGAACUCUGGAAGAAUUUGUAGAAUUUCAUUAGGCCACAUAAAAUCUUUCAAGGUGGUGCUACUCAGAGAAGACUUAAAUCACAGAUGAUAGAAAACGUGCAUAGAUUAGUUUUCUCCACUUUUGGGGUUUUUGUUUCUUUGCAUUCAGUCUUCAGCCUCUGUUCUCAAACAGAUCUUGGGGGGGAAAAAAGCCACAUUGCUUGGAUGUAACUACAGUCUGAUGUCUGAAAAGGUGGUCACUCUUUUUUGAUUAAAAAAACAAAAAUGAAAACAAACACCAAAUGUAACAAGCACAAAAUAUUGUUUCAAAUAUGCACGUGCAUUCAUGAGUUACAGCUGAGAAUGCUUUAAACAGCCACUUAAAAAGAUGUUUCUGUUAAAAAGCUCAUGCCACCACAUUACCUCUGCAGCAAAUUUGUAGAUUUUAAAAUCUUCUUGGGACAAGGAAGGGAAAAAAAGAAUUUGAAAGUAUCUUGUAGUUGGUGAUAAAUCCCAAUAUACAGAUGGCUCUCAUUUCUUACCAUCUUUUUAUGCCAUUCAGUUAACACUGAAGCGAUCAGUAACAUUUUAAACUAUUCCUGUUCUUUUUUUGAAAUGUAAGCAGCACUUAUCGACAGCUGUAGAAGUAUGGGGACGCUCUAUUAGGAAAUACAGGUUUAAAUUCAACUGUAUGAAUAUGCUGAUAUAGUAAUAGUUAAAUAAUCGUGUUUUUCAUUUAUACUAGCACAUCUAUCCAAAUGAAUCUAAAUCAAUCAAUUUCCUUUUACACAGCAAACCACUCAUUUAUAAACAUCAUGCCUGGCUACCUAGAAAAUGGAUAGGGGGUGUGUGUGUGUGUGUGUGUGCAUGUUCAUGUCCCCUCACAUUUCAAAUAGCUUUUAAAUUUUUUGUCAUGUUAGUGCUUAACAUGCAACGUUUUGAUUCAGUUUUUAAACUGCACUCCAGAAUUCCUAAUGCUGUGUCUUCCUAAUGGAGCAGUCUUUCAUCGAAGGAUCCCCUUUGCCCAAACGUCUUCCUUCAAGUGUGAUGAUGAUCAGAACCAAGUUUCCAAUAAGCAUGGAAUUAGUCUCCCUGACUCAGUUUACAUUUUUUCAUCAUUUUUAUUCCUUUCAUUAUGAAAACUUACAGUAAAAUUGUUGGUUUUUUUAAAAACAUCAUCCUAUAACUAAAAUGUUCUUUUAUGAUGAGAAGUAACUGAUUGUAUAAUAGCUGUUACUUGAGAAGAUACUUCUCCUUGGCAGAAGUUGCACCAGUAAAAUGUCACUUGUUUUGACGGCCUCCUGAAAAUUCUGUUUGUUAUUUUAAAUAGGGCUUUUUAAUGGUCAGACAAUGAAAUAAUAUUCUGUAUUUUUUUUUAAACAAUCUGAGUAGAACUUCAGGCAAGAUCUGAGCACACGUUUCCAUUUGUAUUACAAAUAAAUAAACACUGAAUGUGAAAUUAGUUUGUAAUUCUAAUUUUUGGCUAGUGCCACUCAGAACAAUGCUGCUCAGAUUGUAUAGUGUUGUAAAUAUAGACUGUUGUGUGUCUCUUGUAAAGGAAAAAGCUUUGGCACCGUUACAUCUUUAACUUGCAAGCUUCUCAGUCUGCCAGAGCGUGAAAACAAAAUCCUCAAAGAAGAAAUGUGUUUGGAAUUUGUAUCUCAUGUAGUUUCAACUAUAGUGUGAAAAACUAACAGUUGCAAUUCAACGUCUCAGGAAAGAUGACAAAGCCAAACUCAAUCACCCAUGGCCUUAAAGCAAAUGCAACACCACAGAACCUUUCACAGAAUAGGCAGGAAGACAAUAGUGUUCCUGUAAUUUUGUACUUUGCAUGUCUUCCUCUGCCCAUCUGAAAUGUACCAACAAUCUGAAGUUUCACAUAAUCUUAGAUUUCUGUUUUGCUAAGAUUUUAUUAUGAAAAUUUCUAGCCUAGCUGUUAGAUACCCUCAAAGGCUUUUAACUUACUGUUGCCAGAAAGAGUUUUUAAAGCUUAUAGGUUUGAGUCUGAUCCCACGAGAUGACAAAUGUCCUCAAGCCCCCUGAAGCCAAUGGCUUCUCAGCACCUUGCAGGAUCACGUCCAUUGUAGCUAAAGCCUCAAGACCUUCCUUGUUGGAGAACAUGAAGGACAAAUACCAGAAGCUAUAUAUUACGGUGGUAACGUUAGUGGUGGCUGAUAUAUUUUAACACCAACUAAAAUAAGCGGAUAGAUGAAUCUGUGUUUAUGUUGGGAAAAAACUCUGUCUCUUGCUAUAAUGUGCCACCUAUAUCAAAUGAGUUAUUUGGACGCUGCUGCACCUCAGUACACAUUUAUAAUGUGUAUAAUUAAUGUAAGACUAAAGAGUUCUUGAAACCCAGUUGACUAGGGAAGAAAGGACUGAACACUGGUUGUAUAUUAGUAGUGCGUGUGACAUGCUGCUGGCAAAAUAGCUAGGCAAUAGAUAACGGCUGACUGCUUUAGGAAUUGCUCUAAGGCACGGGUUACAAUUUGUGUAAUGUUAAUUAAGACAGCACAUCCUUGCACUAUUUUCCUCAGGAUAUGAUUCUGACGUGUAAAAUAAUCUACAUGAUGUAUUCUUGUGAAAUAUCUUCAUAAAACCAUUCUUGGAACAAA